AUGGAAAAACUCAUCGUUCACGGCGGCACGACCCUCAAGGGCACUAUUCCCAUCUCUGGUUCUAAAAACGCCUCCCUCCCCAUCCUCGCCGCCUCUCUGCUCACGGAUCAACCUGUCACUAUCCGUCGCGUCCCCGACGUUUCCGACACCAACUACAUGCUCCAGAUUUUGCGAGCUCUUGGCUGCGAAGUCGAACGCUAUAGCGGCACAGUCAAGAUCCACGCCAAAGACAUCCGCCCCGAAGCACCCUACGAUUUAGUGCGCAAGAUGCGCGCCUCAAUUUGUGUCAUGGGUCCUCUUCUCGGGCGCCUCGGUCGCGCUAGCGUUUCCAUACCCGGUGGUUGCGUCAUUGGUGAUCGCCCAAUCGAUCUCCAUCUCAAAGGACUCGAAGCCCUCGGUGCGACGAUCAAUACCGAGGGUGGCAAUAUGGACAUCAUUGCCAAAACUCCACUACAAGGACGUGAGGUCGAUCUACGUGGAAAACAUGGCACCACCGUGCUGGGAACCGACAACCUCAUCAUGGCUGCCGUCCUCACCGAAGGCACCACCAUCAUCGAGUCCGCAGCCUGCGAGCCAGAAGUGGUGGACCUUGCAGACUUCCUCAUAUCCAUGGGAGCUAAGAUCAAAGGCGCGGGCACACGUCGCAUCGAAAUUGAAGGCGUCUCUAGCCUAUCUGGCACCGACCACACCGUCAUUCCCGACCGCAUCGAAGCCGGCACCUUCAUGGUGGCUGGAGCCCUUGCUGGUGACGGUGUAACACUACAGCGCGUCAAUCGCCAACAUCUCGCCACCACCACCGAGAAACUCGAAGAAGCGGGACACCAUGUUCAUUUCGAAAGCGACACUAUUGUCACCGUCACUCCCGGAGAAAACCCCCAAGGCUGCAAAAUCGCCACCGCCCCCUACCCCGGCUUUCCCACUGAUAUGCAGGCCCAAUUUUCAACCCUCUUUGCCCUCACGCCAGGUCUCUCCGUGGUCGAGGACACCAUCUUUCCUCAGCGCUUUAUGCACUGUGCAGAGAUGACGCGCAUGGGCGCCGAUAUCAAAGUGGAUAACGGAACCGCCAUCAUCUCAGGCGUGAAAGAACUCAGCGGCGCCCCCGUCAUGGCCUCAGACCUACGCGCCUCCGCCGCCCUCGUCCUUGCCGCCCUGCGCGCGAAAGGCACCACCGAAAUUAACCGCCUCUACCACAUCGACCGUGGCUACGAGCAUAUCGAUGACAAGCUCGCUCUACUGGGAGCCCAUGUCGAACGCAUCUGGCACAUCAUCGCCGUCGGUAAAAAAGAUGAAGGCGGCAAAGCGGACUGCGCUAUCGUUCUCGGCGCCGCCGCUUGGAAUAACAAACCCUCCCCCGUCCUCCGUGAACGCCUGAAUCACGCCAUCGACCUCUACCAUCAAGGACGAAUCGCAAACCUCAUUCUCACCGGCGGAUACGGAAAAGGCGCUCCUUUUUCAGAAUCUCAAGUGGCCCGCGACUACUGCCUAGAAAAAGGCAUUCCUGCAUCAGCUCUCCACAUUGAAAAAACCUCAUCCACCACCAUCGAAAAUAUCGAAGAAGCUCAAAAAAUCAUCUCCGCCAACAAAUGGAAAAACGCCCUCCUCGUCAGCGACCCUUGGCACCUCAAACGAGCUCUAAGCAUGAGUCAAGACCACCAAAUCAAAGCCCAACCUUCCGCAACAAAGACCUCAGUCUUUAAAUCCUUUAAAGCCCGCAGCAACUUCAUCUUUAAAGAAUUCCUCCUCUACCACCAAUACCUCAUACGCGGGAAAUGA